ACUGUAUAAUUGUAUGUAUUUCUCUCAUCAGGACCAGUUGCGACUGGACUAUGGAGCGAAAACCUUUGCCAGUGAUCUGCUUGGCUAAAUCCCACCAACAUAGGCUUUAAUUGGCGCUUGCUGACUGGAUUACACGUUUGCUGCUCGGGAAUAUCAGCGUAUUUUGAUACUUGAUAGGCUAUUAAUUUGGUGUUUCUUGAGUCAACCCACACAUAGGCCUAAACUUAUUUUCAAAGUGUAUUUUUCCAUGGGGGAAUAUGUUGUGUAUGGGCUUUUACAUCACAAUCUGUUAGAGUACAACGCUUUGCUUUGCUUGUGUAAUUGGAGUCGUGGUAUGCAACUGAUAUAAGGAUACGAGCGCUAAAUAAGGCUACUCCAUACUUACAAGACUUUUGAGCACAGCGGCAGGUGUGCACAGUGCAGUGCGUUUGGCUGCGGAGCAUAUUGGCUGCAUUGACUUCGUUACACUGGUUAGUUGUGUGGUGUUGGUUAUUUGUCCAACCAAAUGAGGACUGCGCGUGACAUGCGGGCUUUGGAGUCGAGCAUCAGAAGGCUCUAACCUGUGGAAAGAAGCCGACAGCACGCAGACAUGGGAUCCCUGAUGCGACGUAGAUGGCUCAUGAUCCCAUUGUUGGUGCAGGGCUGGCUGCUAGCGUCUCCAAUCAGUGUUCGUGAGCGAACCUGUCCUCAAAGCUGUAGAUGUGAUGGGAAAAUAGUAUACUGUGAGUCCAAUGCCUUCCGGGAUGUGCCAAACAAUGUGUCUGUGGGAUGCCAGGGCCUCUCUCUGCGUUACAACAGUUUAGUGAAUCUCAGAGCUAGUCAGUUCUCAGGCCUCAGUCAGCUUGUUUGGCUUUAUCUCGACCACAACUACAUUAAUACAGUGGACAGCCAAGCCUUCCAUGGGGUACGGAGGCUCAAGGAGUUGAUUCUCAGCUCUAACAAGAUCACACAGCUACAAAACAACACUUUCCAUACUGUCCCUAACUUACGCAAUCUUGACCUUUCUUACAACAAGCUGCAGGCCCUCCAGCCCAGUCAAUUUCAGGAUAUGCGGAAGUUGCUUAGUCUCCACUUGCGGUCCAACUCCCUGAAAACGGUCCCAAUGCGUGUUUUUCAGGAUUUGCGCAAUUUGGAGUUCCUCGAUCUUGGCUACAAUCGAUUGCGAAGCCUGACUCGAAAUGCUUUUGCUGGACUGCUCAAGUUGAACGAGCUUCAUUUGGAACACAAUCAAUUCUCAAAGAUCAACUUCUCUCACUUUCCCCGCCUCACCAACCUGCGGUCACUCUAUUUGCAAUGGAACCGAAUUAAGUCAAUAAACCAGGGUCUAACCUGGAUGUGGACGUCCUUGCAAAAACUGGAUCUUUCUGGAAAUGAACUGCAAGUUGUGGAUGCCAGUACGUACCAAUGUCUACCCAACCUACAGACCCUGAACCUGGACUCCAAUAAGCUUAGCAACAUGUCCCAGGAGACAGUGGAUAGCUGGAUCUCCCUCACCACCAUCAGCCUCGCUGGUAAUGUGUGGUACUGUAGCCCUACCAUCUGCCCCUUAGUGGCCUGGUUGAGGAACUUCAAGGGGAACAAGGAGACCACUAUGAUUUGUGCUGGGCCUAAGGAGGCCCAGGGAGAGAAAGUGAUCGAUGCAGUAGAGACAUUUAGUAUCUGUAAGGUCACUCCCACCACCCCUUUUGUCUCAACCACAGCCUCCCUCAACAUCCCAUCUCAGCCUGAGCUCCUGCCCCUUCCCACGUUGCUCAGGGUUGAGGAGGAGUUGACUCGCAGUGCUACGACCAUUCCGUCUCCUUCAGGGGUCUCCCCUACCACCCCAGAGCAGGACUUUGAGUAUGUGUCUCUCCAUAAAAUUAUUGCUGGCUGUGUGGCACUUUUCCUGUCGGUGGCUAUAAUUCUCCUGGUUAUUUAUGUGUCCUGGAAGCGCUACCCCAACAGCAUUAAGCAGCUCCAGCAGCGCUCCAUGGUCAAAAAGCGGCGAAAAAAUGUGCGGGAAACAGAAAGCACUCUCAGCUCACCUCUGCAAGAGUAUUAUGUGGACUACAAACCUGCAAACUCUGCAACUAUGGAUGUGCUGGUUAAUGGGACUGGACCCUACACAUACACAAUCUCAGGCUCCAGAGAAUGUGAGGUACCACAGCAGUUGAGUGCCCUGACGUUGAACAGGUAUGAGCAGCCCGUAGUGGAUUACUGCCAGGCCCAAGGGGCGCUGCACCUCAACAUGGGCUUUGAGCCCCCCUCCCAGGCACAGGGCUGUCUGAGGCCACCGGGCUGCAGUACAGGUCAUACAGCUGGUCUCCCCUCUGCGCCCACCACCUUGCUCAUACGCACGGACCCCCAUUCCCUCCAACAGUGACUUGUGACCUGUGCAGAUGGGGAGACCAUACCAGCGCUCCCCUCUCCAUCUAGGCUACUGAGCAUGGUGUUGUUACAGUACUGUAUACCGCAGCAGAUAACGAGUGAAACAGAUACAAAUCUGCACUGAGGAAGAACAUUCUGACUGGAGAAUCUGUUAUUAAUGGAGAGAAUACAUUUAUCUAACGCAGAAUAUACCUUGACUAAUGAAAAUGAAAAUAUUCAUUAAUGGAAAUUGCAGUGUACUGUUACAGUAUAUUACAAGAUAGCUGACCCUUUGAUGUCCAUUGUAAUUGAAUAUAGUCCAGUUACAUUAUCACAUUCCUUCUGCUUCUAAAAUCGUUUCCAGCAUCAUGGGGAGAAAUAUAAAAAAUUACAUGAUUCAUUACUCUUAUUGAACUUGUUGACUCUGCUGCUCACAGUUUCGGCACCUUCGCUGUUUUAGGUAAGUAAUUAUCUACAAAAUGCAAUAAUUGAUCUGGGGAAACAGUAGGGUAAGCAAUGGAAUAGCAGAACAAAUUAAAGACUAACAGAGCUGAAAGGUUUUAUGCUGCUUUUUCUAGUAAUGCUGCCAGUCAGAGGCCUUACAGAUUUUCCAGUCCCCGUAGCUAUUUCAUUUCAAGAAGUGAGCCACUCAAAUGAAAUUACCCACAACAACAAGGGAAAACUUGGUAAGUGAUGGGCACACCGUUUUCAUGUCAAGUGUACAGAUUACAUUUCUUUUCCAGAGGUACAUUAAUGGAUAUUUUUAUUAUUUAUGUUCAUUUUACUAUAAUGCAUUUUUUGUUUUGUUUUUUUGUUUGUUUCCCAGAUGAAAAGUAAAACGUUGAUGUGUAAUAGACUAAUUGUUUUCAUGUCAAGUGUAGCCUACAGCUGACAUAUCUUGUCAGAAAUACAUAUUUGUUAUUGUGUUGAUAUGGAUUUGUUCAUCAUGAUCAUCAUUGCAUUUUCAUGAUUAAUGUAAUGACAAUUCAUUUUAUAUUUAUGUCAUGCUAAUCGUCAAUCUAAUUGUAGGAUUGUCUCUCACAUACCAUGUGUAGUAAUUGACUAUGUGACCUCAGAUCAUGACAUUGACCUAGAGAUCAGCAGUGAACUCACUCAUAGUGGAGAUAACUGUUGUAACAGCUUAACCCAGACUAUCUAAUAUUGAUGCCGGUCUGCUCUCCCCAGCUGUGACGCAUUAGAUCUUUGUAUCCCUUUCCCCCAAUGUCUACUGUGACUGUUACAGUUUUCAUCAAGGAGCCUCUUUUGGAUGUGGUUCAUCCUCACACUCCACUUCAAGGACACAUGUAAUAACAAAAACCCAAUCAACUUGUUCAAUACUAUGAGUAGUUAUCAAAUAAAGUGUCUCGGCUGCUUCAUGAACACGGCCAUUUGCCCAUGAAGAGGAGGGCCUUAUCUGAAGUUCAGAUGAACUAGAACAUGCCCUGAUUUGGGUUCGCAGGCUGGGUAUGAGACUGACAUUUUGUUAAGUCGGGGACUUGCAAUAUUGGCUUGCUGUUUGAAGAAAAUAUUAUCCUGAUUUCUGUUAAUUAAACCAUAUAAAAUAUCAGCUUGAACUGUCGUCACACGAUAAAAUGAUAUUUCAAUAGAUUUUCUGACCAAAUGUUUUUUAUGCUCAUUGAAGAAGAAAUUACUGUGAACAUUAAAAUUACUUUUACCAUUUA